UUGGGUAUCUGUUUUACCAAAUAGUUGCAUAUUUUAGCCAUUUGUUACUAUGAUCAUGUAAAUUAUAAUAGUAAUGCGUUUCAGAUUUCAAUAAUUUUUUUUUUAAAUUGAAAAGAUUUCAAUGAUUCCAAGUACUGAAAUAUGCAUUGAUUUUCAGACCCAUGUCUUUAAAAGGCCAACUGCCUUCUCAAGGCCUCUCAUCUUUGCAACUGCAUUUAUGAGCUUCUUCUCAGUUGUUAUAGCAUUAUUUAAGGAUAUACCUGAUAUUGAUGGAGACAGGAUUUAUGGCAUCCGAUCUUUUACAGUGCGCUUGGGUCAAAAGCGGGUGUUUUGGAUAUGCAUUUCACUACUUGAAAUUGCUUAUACAGUUGCACUUUUAGUAGGAGCAUCAUCUGGCUUCUUGUGGAGCAAAGUCAUUACGGUAUUGGGACACACAAUUUUGGCUUCAAUACUUUAG